CACACGCGUCUCUCUCUCUCUCUCUCUUUGUGGCAUAGUCAAAAGUCUGCUGCACAAUCCCCACCUCUUCAAAACCCCUCUCUCUCCCCACCAAAUUCACAGAUGCUUGGACGGUCUACCAGAUGGAUCUUCCAUUUCUAGUUCUACCCCUCUCCAUCCUCCUCCUCUUCUCCUCCGCGGUCUCUUCCGCGGAUAUCCCCCUCGGUGCCAGCAUCACCGCCUCCAACCUCAACCAAACCUGGAACUCCCCCAACUCCACCUUCUCUCUUGGCUUCAUCGCCGCCACACCCACCUCCUUCUAUGCCGCCAUCACCUACGGCGGCGUCCCCAUCUGGAGGGCCGGUGGUGCCUACCCUGUCGCCGUUGACUUCGGCGGAUCCUUCCGGUUCCUCACUUCCGGUAACCUCCACCUCGUAAGCAGCAACGGCACCGUCCUCUGGGAAUCCGGCACCGCUGACCGCGGCGUCUCCUCCGCCACCCUCUCUGACUCAGGUAACCUUGUUCUUAGAAACGGCACCGUUUCUGUCUGGUCCACUUUCGAAAACCCAACAGAUACGAUUGUUCCCACGCAAAAUUUCACAACUUCCAACUCUUUGCGAUCUGGGUUAUACUCAUUUAGUUUAACUAAGUCUGGAAAUCUCACUCUUACCUGGAACAGCAGCAUAUUGUAUUGGAGUAAGGGCUUGAACUCUACAGUUGAUAAAAACUUGACUUCACCCAGUUUAGGCCUUCAAUCAAUUGGGAUUUUAUCACUUUCUGAUCUCACAUUAUCCACUUCUGUAGUUUUGGCUUACAGCAGUGAUUAUGCUGAAGGCAGUGAUCUACUCAGGUUUGUGAGGUUAGAUAGUGAUGGGAAUUUGAGAAUUUAUAGCUCCGAUAGUGGUAGUGGAAUCUCGAAUGUAAGAUGGGCUGCUGUUGAGGACCAAUGUGAGGUUUUCGGAUAUUGCGGAAACCUGGGGAUUUGUAGUUACAAUGAUUCCACUCCGGUUUGCGGGUGCCCAUCUGAGAAUUUUGAGCUUGUUGAUCCCAAGGAUAGUACUAAGGGGUGUAAGAGGAAGGAGGAGAUUGAGAAUUGUCCUGGGGAUUUGACCAUGUUGGAGUUGCAGCAUGCCAAGUUCUUGACCUACUCUUCUGAGCUCUCCUCACAGGUUUUCUUCGUUGGGAUAUCGGCCUGUAGGUUGAAUUGUCUUGUGGGUGGGUCUUGUAUUGCUUCAACUUCACUGUCAGAUGGCACAGGGUUGUGUUACUUGAAAGUGCCCGGUUUUGUUAGCGGGUACCAGUCGCCUGCACUGCCUAGUACUUCUUAUGUUAAGGUUUGUGGGCCUGUGGUGCCGAACCCCUCUGUUUUUUCCCAUGGAGAUGAUGGGGCGUGGAAGUUGCAUGCGUGGAUAGUUGCUGUUGUGGUUUUGGGUACUCUUGCUGCUUUGGUUUUGUUGGAGGGUGGUUUGUGGUGGUGGUGCUGUAAAAACAGCCCCAAAUUUGGGGGAUUAUCAGCUCAAUAUGCACUUCUUGAGUAUGCAUCUGGUGCCCCUGUGCAGUUCUCAUACAAGGAACUCCAGCGCUCAACAAAGGGGUUCAAGGAGAAGCUUGGAGCAGGAGGAUUUGGGGCUGUCUACAGAGGGAUUCUUGCUAACAGAACCAUUGUUGCAGUGAAACAACUUGAGGGCAUUGAACAGGGGGAGAAACAGUUCAGGAUGGAGGUUGCAACCAUAAGUAGCACCCACCAUUUGAAUUUGGUGAGGUUGAUUGGUUUCUGCUCUGAGGGACGUCACAGGCUUCUGGUGUACGAGUUCAUGAAAAAUGGGUCUCUCGAUACCUGCCUCUUUCCCACAGAAGGACAUUCAGGGAGAUUGUUAAACUGGGAAAACCGAUUUAGCAUAGCCCUAGGAACUGCAAGGGGUAUCACAUACCUUCAUGAGGAGUGUCGAGACUGUAUUGUCCACUGUGAUAUAAAGCCUGAAAACAUUCUGUUGGAUGAGAAUUAUAAUGCCAAAGUGUCAGAUUUUGGCCUUGCAAAGCUCGUAAAUCCUAAGGACCAUAGGUACCGAACCUUGACAAGUGUUAGAGGAACUAGAGGAUAUUUGGCACCAGAAUGGCUUGCAAAUCUUCCAAUCACUUCAAAAUCUGAUGUUUACAGCUAUGGUAUGGUUCUAUUGGAGAUAGUGAGCGGGAAAAGGAAUUUUGAAGUCUCAGCAGAAACUAACAGGAAAAAGUUUUCAUUGUGGGCUUAUGAAGAGUUUGAGAAGGGAAACAUGGAGGGAAUAGUGGACAAGAGGCUCGGUGACCAGGGGGUGGACAUGGAGCAAGCAAAGAGAGCAAUCCAGGUGAGCUUUUGGUGCAUCCAGGAGCAGCCAUCUCAGAGGCCAAUGAUGGGGAAAGUAGUCCAAAUGCUGGAAGGAGUCACAGAGAUUGAGAGGCCACCAGCCCCAAAGGCUGCUAUGGAAGUAUCUGCUGGUGGGACUAGCGUAAACGUGAGCAGUAAUGUAAGCGCACUAUCCACCUUUGCAGCUUCAGCCCCAGGUCCCUCAUCAUCAUCAUCAAUGCAAAACGCAGAAUUUUCAUCAUUUGUUUUAGGGAGGAAUGUGGAGAAAUCAUCCUCAUCUGUUACAGGGAGGAACGUGGAGAGAGCCUCUUCAUCCCUCUUACACUCAGAGGUUGCUCCAGGCUUGUAACCCGUCUACAAAUACCGGUUCUGAAGCAUGCUCUGGGAAGCCGGAUUGGGAAAGAGAAACUGGUAGCGCAAUUGUGGCCCAAGUCUCCUAUAUAUACACUCUUGUAUACUUUUGUUGUCUUGUAUUUUGUAAUUCGUUGUUGGAAACUAUAACCAAUUUGUGUUGUGAAGAUGGGCAAAUUUCAGUCUUAGUUCACAGAAUUGAAUAA